AUGACAUCGGAAAAGAUGCAGGAGUGGCCGUCAAGAAUCUGGGGCUCAAACGUUGAUGAUGUGCGGCGUUUACUGGUACUGGACCAGGUGCCUAUCCAUAAAACGCAAGCUGCCAAGAAUGCUUUUGGGGAGCGCAAUAGCAACGUGGUCUAUGUGCUUGCGGGGUGCAUGAACAUCCUGCUCUGGCAUCCGGCUGGCGUCUACGGGAACAAGCCUUUCAAAUCCACCCUACAGCGUUUGUGGGAAGAAUACAUGUGCGAAGAAGAGAGGACGCCCAAAGGAAACCUGAAGAAGCAGUCGCGCCAGCACGCUCUCGAUUUUGUUGCCGAGGCUGCUGUACCCGAGGAGACUGUGGCACGCUCCUUCAAGGGAUGCAGCAUUACUAACGCACUCGAUGGCUCGGAGGACAGCGACCUGCAUGUCGGACUGUCAGAUGUUGGAGCCGUGGCACCAGAAGACUGGGGUGGGCUUCAAGCAAAAUGCUAUGAAUGUUCUUUUGCAACUGACUCGGAGAAGUCUUUCAAUGGUUUUGAAAGUGAUUGA